UCUCUCUCUCUCUCUCUCUAACUUGCAAGGAAAGAAAAACUGUUCUGUGGACGCUAUUCCAGUUUCAAAGUCACUGAAUCAUUCGCGCCUGAGCUGAAGCUUUGUGUUAUGCUUUUAGCCUCAUGUCAGCGUCUAAUGAGGAUAAUAUGUCUUCUCAUUCCCAGCUUUCGACUCUCUUUUUUAAUGACCUUCUUGAUUCUAUCAUUGUUGAUGUCGCUUCUGAGUGUCACCGAAUAGCAAGGUUGGGGCUUGAUCGUAAUUUAGAUGAUGAGGAAGAAGAAUUGAGGUUAUCAGCGCAAGCCCGUGCAAGAGUAGCUGAUCCUAGUAAUAGUGGUGAAGCAACUAGCAAAUAUGUGGUCGACAUAUUUGGACAAACUCAUCCUCCUGUAGCCAAUGAAAUAUUUGAGUGCAUGAACUGUGGCCGGGCGAUUAUGGCUGGAAGAUUUGCUCCUCAUUUGGAGAAAUGCAUGGGAAAGGGUAGAAAGGCUCGUAAGACGACAAGAAGUAGCACAGCUGCACAGAACCGGUACUCGCGAGGCAGCCCUGUUUCAACCCACUCACCUUACGCAAAUUCCACCAGCAUGAACCGGUUAUCAAAUGGAAGUCCGAGUGUCGCAGGUGACGAGUACUCAAAUGGCACUUUAGAAGAGCCAUGAUAGCAUCUUGAACUAGCAGGGCUGACUUAUUGACUUUAGAAAUGCACAAAAUAGCCGGAUUACUACUUAUGUGUGUUUCAACCCCCCCCCCCCCCCCCCCCCCCCCC